AUGUUUUCACAAUUUAGAAUGGUUGGAAGUCCAAUAAAAAAAGAAUAUGAUUUGGAGAUAACAAAUGUUACAAUGUGGAAUGAUGGUUUUUAUGAAUGUCAAGUUACAUCAUCAAAAAAUAAUAAUAAUUUUGAAAAAACUAAACCAGCUUAUUUAAAAGUUCUUAAAUUACCAGAAGAUUAUGAAGAAGGUGUUCCAAUAGAAGAAAUAUGUUUCCUAUCAAAAACUCAUCCAACACCUAAAUUUUAUUGGGUUAUAACAAAAUCUGGUACAUUAGAUAAUAUUCUUUCAUGGAUUGGUAAUGGUAUACCAGAUGAUAUAUAUGAUAAAUAUUCUAGAACUUUAUCCUUAUCAAUACAAUCUGGUCAAAUACACAAAAAUUCAUCAUUUAAUUCUAAAAAUAUUUUACUAUUUAUUGAUAGAAAAUUUGGUGAUGAACAAAUAAUACAUGAAGGUUCAAAUUUUACAAUUAAAAAUGUACAAAAGUGGCAAACAGGUGAAUAUGAGUGUGUAGCUACAAAUAAUUUUAAGCCAGUAAUACUUUCACAUAAUUUAUUUAUUGAAGGUGAUUUUCAAGUACGUGCAAAUGAUACAGUAUUUGUUAAUCAUGAAUCAAUAUCAACAUUAUCAUGUGGAUUUCAUGAAUAUCCAAAACCUAGUGAUAUCAUAUGA